CUUUCCUUCAACAGUCUGUGCUUACAUCCAUCUUUCCUUACAUCUUCAUAUACCCAGGAUGGCUUCUCAAACCCCAGCCGUUGUCAUGGACAACGGCACGGGCUAUUCCAAAUUAGGGUUUGCCGGAAACGAUUCACCAUCAUUUGUGUUUCCUACGGCCAUAGCUAUCAAGGGAUCCUCCGGCGGAGGUGGUGGUUCAGGCUCCGGGCGUCCGGCAAUAGCUCAGAAACCCUCUUACCUGACCGGAGGGGCUGGUCCAUCUGGCCACUUGAGUGCCAAAAGGGGCACUGAGGACCUGGAUUACUUUAUUGGGGAUGAAGCAUUGGCACAAGCGAGUGGUCCAGGCUAUGGCAUUCAUUAUCCGAUAAGGCAUGGCCAAGUUGACAAUUGGGACCAUAUGGAGCGCUUUUGGCAGAAUUCGAUUUUCAAAUAUCUUCGAGUUGAGCCGGAAGACCACUAUUUCCUUCUAACCGAACCUCCUCUAAAUCCUCCAGAAUCCCGUGAAAACACCGCCGAGAUCAUGUUCGAGACCUUCAAUUGCGCCGGAUUAUAUAUUGCCGUGCAAGCGGUACUGGCAUUGGCUGCAAGUUGGACAAGUAGCAAGGUUCAGGACCGGAGCUUGACUGGUACUGUUGUUGACUCAGGAGAUGGUGUUACACACGUUAUUCCAGUUGCUGAAGGUUACGUCAUUGGAUCAUCGAUCAAGUCCAUCCCUAUCGCCGGGCGCGACAUCACAUUCUUUGUUCAGUCGCUCCUUCGUGACCGAAACGAGCCUGACUCCUCUUUGAAGACCGCUGAGCAAAUUAAGGAGGAAUUCUGUUACAGGUUUCAAAAAUAUGUUGCUGAGCAGCUUGGGGGUCGAAAAGUUACUGUAGAUGUGGGGUAUGAGAGGUUCUUGGCUCCCGAGAUAUUUUUCAAUCCAGAGAUUUACUCAAGCGAUUUCUUGACCCCUUUACCAACUGUGGUGGAUACUGUUAUCCAAAGCUCCCCUAUUGACGUUCGAAGAGGUCUCUACAAGAACAUUGUUCUUUCUGGCGGUUCUACACUCUAUAAGGAUUUUGGUCGACGUCUGCAGCGUGACAUCCGCCAUCUUGUCGACGCUCGUAUUCGCAAGUCGGAAGAGAAAUCAGGUGGUGUUAAGUCUGGUGGACUGGAAGUCCAAGUUAUUACUCACAAGAGGCAAAGACAUGGGCCAUGGUUCGGAGGAAGUUUGUUGGGUCAAACACCGGAAUUUAGGAGCUACUGCCACACUAAAGCUGAGUACGAUGAGAUUGGACCAAGCAUCGUAAGAAGGUUUGCGCUGUUGGGUGGGCCUGGGCAGUGAUAUUUGUCAUGUCGUCUUUGGGUGUGUUUGGGCGUGAGCCUUUUGGAGCUGGGUUUGGGAUGGGGGUGCGGCCACUAUCGCAGGAUAGACAAAAUAAAAGCUGUUGAUCUUUUU